AUGGCCGAAGUAGAGGAUGAUAGGCAACCGGAGGACUCAAUUGUCGUGAAUAGACCCAGGAGGGCAACAGUUCAAAAACUUAUAGAAUUUACAGAAGAUGAAGGACAUAUGGAAGAAGAAAAUGUGCAAGAAAAUAUUUUCAAACAACCACGAAAUCCAGCUGUAAGAAGGAAAACAACAAAAAAGGAUGCUACAUUGGAAAUAGAAUUAGAACGAGAAAAAAUAGCUUUAGAGAGAGAAAAGAUCAAAAUGGAGAUUGAAAAAUUGGCGUUAGAAAGAGAAAAACUUCAAAUGCAAGCAACAGAAAAUCCAACAGCUUCAAAGACAGCACCAUUCAAAAUCAAAUUACAACCCUUUAACCCAAAAUCUGAUGAUGUUUUAACAUUUCUUUCGGAAUUUGAGGCCGUUAGUGAACAAGCAGAAUGGUCUGAGAGCAUCAAAGUUUUACAAUUACGAAGCCUUCUAACAGGAGAAACGAGGCAUAUAUCAGCACAAGCUUCAACUUCCUAUGAGGACCUGAGGAAAGCUCUAACCCAAAGGUAUGGAAAACGACCGCAUGAAUACUUCGCUGAUCUCUUAUCUGUAAAACGUGAAAAUAAUGAAACAUACAGAGGUCUAAUGUCAAGGAUAAAUCUAUACUUGAAGAGGAGCAUUGAGGACAAAGACCCUAUUGAAAUUUUGCGUAAUGAAUUCUUCCUCAAAGCAUUACCACCAACACAAUCCCAAUGGGUCAGACGAAACAAAGGAUCAUCUUCUGUUGUUGAGGCCGCCGAGGACUACAUACCACCAAAAGGACCAAGGGAAUUCGGACCAGCUCAGGGAGUUACUGGGACUGGAAAAGGAGGCAAACCUGAAAGUGGCAAUGGGAAUCACAGGAAGGAUGUGAUAUGCUACAAAUGCAAUGGAAAAGGGCAUUUCGCUAAUAAGUGUCCUAAAAUAUCGUUAGUAUCCAAAAUUAUCAAUCACGCAUGUGACGGACUGAUAUACAUACCUGGAUUAGUCAACGACCGGGAGGUGUCCUUCGUCAAGGACACGGGUGCGUCAAUGACUUUAGUGAGAGAGGACUUGGUGAAUUCGUCGUGUAUUUUGGAAGGACGGACAACUACGCUUUACACUGCAAUUGGGCAACCGUUUGAAGCAAAACUUGCAGUUGUAAAACUUGACACUCCGUACUACCAGGGAUAUGCACAGGUCGGACUAGUUCCCUCCCUUGUAGCAGAUGCGCUACUAGGAAAUGAUGUAAUUAGCCGGGAAAGUGCUAAUGUUGUUACCCGAGCAUUGGCUCGCAAAGAAGCGAAUGCGGAAAGUCAGGAUCAGCAAAAGAUGGAGAAGUCAGAUGUAAGUCCAAAAACGAUUGACUCUAUAAAUGAAUCUGUUAGUGAAACUAUUGUAACUGGGACAGUGAAUUGUGAAGACUUAAAUGGGAUUAACGCUGAAAAAUUAAGUAAGCUUCAAAAGGAAGAUCCAAAUCUGAAAUCCUGUCGUGCAAAGGCAGUUAAUACUGAGUCAGCUUGUGGCAUGUCCCUCGCGUUUUAUUGGGAGAACGGAAUCCUAAAGAGGAAGUGGAAAAGCCAAGACGGAAAGCGACAGGGAGACCAAAUUGUACUUCCAACUAACCUUCACAAAACAAUCAUCGAGCUUGCACAUGACCAACCACUGGCAGGACACCUUGGCACAGAAAAAACAAAAGAACGUAUUCUACGUUCCUUUUACUGGCCGGGAUUAUUCCGAGAAGUGAAUGAAUAUUGUUCCUCAUGUGAUGUGUGUCAAAAAGUGGCAAAACGAGCUCAUGUGAAAGCACCAAUGGUCAACACACCCAUCAUAACUGAGCCAUUUUCUAAAAUAUCUAUGGAUAUUGUCGGUCCCCUUGCGAAAACCAAAAAGGGCAAUAGAUUCAUUCUCACCAUUGUUGAUGAUGCUACACGCUAUCCAGAAGCAUUCGCGUUGAAAAGCUGUGAUGUGGAGAGUGUCGCUAAUGCUCUCUUGGAACUUUGUAGCCGGGUUGGAAUUCCAAAGGUGAUACUUACCGAUCAAGGAAGUAACUUUACAAGUCAACUUAUGAAAGAUUUGUUUGCGGUGUUGAAAGUGAAGGGAGUGACAACUUCACCUUAUUACCCACAAGCCAAUGGCAAAACUGAGCGGUUCAAUGGAACUUUGAAAUCAAUUAUUAAGAAAUUGUGUACGAAAGAAGAAUCAGAGUGGGAUACUCUGCUACCAUAUGCUCUGUUUGCGUAUCGUGAAGUCCCUCAUGAGGAGACGGGAUUUGCACCUUUUGAACUUUUAUAUGAAUGGCCAGUACGUGGUCCAACCCAAGUUAUCAAGGAGUUCAUGGCAGGUGAGGAGGAAAUCCAGAUGUCUGUCAUUGAACAUGUUGCUGGAAUGCGACAGAAGUUGAAGGAUAUAACACUACAGGUGAAGGAUAACCUCUUGAGACGUAAAGACUUUGUCAAACGUUGGUAUGACAAAUCGGCUACUGAGAGGAGAUUUUAUCCUGGAGAUGAAGUUCUCGUAUUGCUCCCGUCGGACACAUCUAGAAUGUUGGCCCAAUGGAAAGGACCUUACAGAGUGACAGAACGGGUAAAUGAUGUAAAUUACAAAGUUAACGUGGGUGGGCGUCGUGGUGUUGUCUAUCACAUCAAUCUGCUCAGAGAGUACAAGCGUUCGAUACUACUCGUUGCAGAUAGAAAAGAGGAUACCCAGGAAUUUGAUGAAUUGUUCCCAUACAAUUCUAGUGAAACUAUUGAGGAUCUGAAGUUUGGAGAAAAUUUAAGUCAGCAACAGCGUCAGGAAUUGCGACAGCUCUGUGCCCAAUAUGGAAAUGUAUUCACAGACCAACCUGGCCACUGCAUGCUUGCUGAGCAUCAAAUUCGUACUACAACAGAAACACCAAUAUGUCAGCGACCAUAUAGAAUACCUGAAGCGAGGCAGGAAUCUGUAAAAAGGGCAUUGAAUGAAAUGCUAGAACAAGGACACAUUCAACCAUCAAAUAGUCCAUGGAGUUCACCAGUAGUCCUUGUCAACAAACCCGAUGGAUCAAUCCGAAUGUGCAUCGACUACCGAAAACUUAAUGAGAUUACAGUUUCUGAUGCGUAUCCAGUACCAAGAAUUAGCGACAUCUUAGAAAAAAUUGGAAAAGCAAAAUACUUGAGUCAUUUUGACCUUGUUAAGGGGUAUUGGCAAGUACCUCUCUCUGACAACACAAGAGAAAAAUCUGCAAUUGUCACACCCUUUGGACUCUACGAGUUCUUGGUUAUGCCUUUUGGAAUGAAAACAUCGCCAGCAACAUUCAAUCGUCUAAUGGACAAAAUACUACAUAAUGUUGACAAUGUUGUGGCUUACUUUGAUGACAUUGUCAUUUUCUCAGAGUCUUGGGAUUCCCAUCUUGAAGAUUUACAGAGAGUAAUCAAGAAAAUACAGGGAGCCAACUUGACUAUUCGACCUUCUAAGUGUAGACUUGGAACCGACAAAUUACAUUGUCUUGGACACGUGGUUGGAAAUGGCAGUGUGCAGCCAGACCCGAGUAAAGUCAAAGCCGUUCAAGAAUUUCCGUUACCAAUAACGAAGAGAGACUUAAAACCAUAUCUGGGACUUACUGGGUACUAUCGUCAGUACAUUCAAAAUUAUGCGGACAUAUCUGUUGUCCUAACAGAUUUGUUGAAGAAAUCAGAACCGAACAAAAUAAAAUGGGACCAAAGAACAACUGAAUCCUUUAAAAGUCUGAAGGAAGCACUACUCCAAGCACCAGUACUCAUUACACCAGAUUUCAGCAAGCCUUUUAUCGUACAAACAGAUGCAAGCCAAUAUGCAAUCGGUACAGUGUUAAGUCAGGAAACCAAUGAUGGUGAUCACCCGGUAGCGUACCUCAGUCGAAAGUUAUUACCGCGGGAACAAAACUAUUCUACAAUCGAGAAAGAACUUUUGGCAAUUGUGUGGGCCAUAGGCUCAUUUUCCUAUUAUUUGGAUGGAAGAAAAUUCAUUGUAGAGACUGACCACAAUCCAUUAAGCUGGCUUCAUAGGAUGAAAGACAAAAAUCAAAGACUUUUGCGAUGGGCUCUGGCCUUACAAGUAUAUGACUUUAACGUCCGAUACCGCCGUGCUUCCCAUAACCAAAAUGCCGAUAGCCUCUCUCGAUGUUGA